AUGCAGUACGCGCAUACUGUGGCAUUCUCGUCUCAUUCUCCUCGAACCCAUGUUCCAUUCAUAAUGGCUGCCCCUUCACCGAUGGAGACGAACACUUCUUCUUCUGCCCCUUCAGACCUCGAAAUCCGGAUUGCUCGAAUAGCAGAUCCCAACACCGAACUUCGCGUCAAGCAUGUGGUAGCAUGUGAGAUUCGUGAAAUGCUGGACACUGUGCGCGACACCGAGUCUGCUCGUGCUUUGCCAUACCUUGUUCAAGCCCUCAUUGACUUGCUUCGGUCUGGGGAGCCAUCCUUCCAGAAAGACACCAUCGAAUAUCAAUUCCGCCGAGUUCUCUUCGAAACUUUACAUCGCUUGCCUGUGAACGAUGCUGUUCGAACCAAAAUAACCUCCAUCUUCGGUUGCAUGCUGCACGUUCUCCGGCACGACAACGAAGAAAAUGGAGUAAUCGCCUGCAAAACUUUGGUCGAUCUUGUGCGGGGCUACCGCUCGCUUACGGAGGAGGGCUUAACAGAAUUCGUCUCAAUAUUUCAAGACAUGUUGCGAAACAUGAAAGAUCUUGUUAAUCAAUAUCUCUCGGAAGAUUCUGAAGUCUUUGAUCCAAACAUGUCUUUCCCUGCUACUCGCAGUUUCAAAGUCCUUGGAGAAAUGGGAAUGGUCAUGGUAAUCAUGUCCCAAGUUCACAGGAAUCUGGUCGCAUCGACCAUACAGGGCACAACGGCCCAUGCAUUUGAAGUGUUAGCCCUCGAAUCCCCGGCUCAAAACAAGGCAAGAACGGAAGCUGAGGCGAUGGGUGGCGUCUGGGCAGGAAUGUCCUUGACUAUCAAGAAUCCGAGCAUCUUCAGUGAUUUCAUUCAGGGCCAGAUAAAGACUCUUUCCUAUUUGGCAUAUGUUAUGCGUUUUUCUGGUGACCUCGCUGAUUCAUACGGUGAAACCCUGGUCCUAAGUGCUCUACGCUUACUGCAAGACUGUCCUGCAAGCGGUAUCGCACUGAGAAAGGAAUUAAUGGUUGUCUUCCGGCAUCUCAUGGGCACUUCCCAUCGACGGGCACUCUUUGAACAUCUCGACAAACUUUUCGAUGAUAAAGUUCUCUUAGGGACGGGCCUUGCAAGCAAAGAAAUCCUUCGACCGGUAGUAUACACAGCAGUCGCUGACCUUGUUCACCACGUGAAAAAUGAGCUCAGUGCUUCGCAACUCGAACGCGUCGUCUACGUCUAUUCAUCAAUGAUGCACAACCCUGCUUUGGGAUUCAAUCUUCACACUCUAUUUGCUAAAAUGAUGUUUGGCCUAACGGACGCCAUAUUGGCAAAGGAGACCUCUCAAGGGGCUGCCAAGCUGCUAGAAGCGAUGUUUAAUGCCUGCCUAGAGAAGCUCGACGGUCUAUGUGUGGUGCAGUCAGAGGUUUCUGCUGGCCUAGAUCGACGCAAGGAGAAAUCGACAUCGGCCGAAGUUGUUCCCUAUAUCGCAAUCAUCGAGAAAGCUCGCCCCAUAGGCAACGCCGUAAAUGCCACAGAGAAGCCUGAAGAUGUAAUUCAUGAAUCUCGCAUGGUCUUCAGAACGCUCUUACAUGGCUUUCGAGUCUGUCUGUCCUCGUUGAAGAAAUGUGAAGCGCCAGCUCCAGACGGCACGCUGAUAUUCCGUUUUUUCGAAGGAUGCGUGCGAUGCAUGUCCUUGUUUGACCCUGAUCCACGAAUGCCCGAGCAAAACGAGCCUAUAGAAUGGUUCGGCCACGUCCUUACUGAAGUUAACCUGCAUGUCUUUCAAGAGGUCUGGACGCAUAAAAUGGAGUUUUUCUUUGAAUGCGCGCAAAAACGAAUCAUGCUUUUGAACGUCUGUCAGUUUCUCUUCACGAGGGACACCACUUCAGCAACUCUCCUUGCCAUUGUAUUGAGGUUCCUGGUAGAUCGCCUUCCCUUACUGGGUGAUUACGAUGAUUUGACGGCAGCGGCAACGAUACGCCUCUACAAAAUGGCGUUCGGAGCUGUUGCGACUCAUCCCACGACCAACGAAGCAAUCCUAGCAUCCCACGUCAGCAAACUACUUAUGGAUUGUUUCCCCCUUGCCGCCAAGGCUACGAAGCCCACCAACUACUUCCAUUUGUUGCGGGCCCUCUUCCGGGCUAUCGGUGUUGGAGGAGGUCGAUACGAACUAUUAUACAACGCGGUUGUGCCGCUGCUGCCUGACAUGCUCGAGAGUUUGAACCGACAGCUCUUAGCGUCUGAGGGACAGACGCGCGACAUGAUCGUUGAACUUUGCCUCACGGUGCCGUUGCGUCUUACUCAUCUUCUCCCCCAUCUCACCUACCUUAUGCAACCACUGGCGCUUGCCCUACGAGGAAACCCGGAUCUCGUCUCACAGGGUUUACGGACUCUCGAGCUUUGUAUCGACAAUCUUACUCCUGACUUUUUGGACCCCACGUUGAGCACCGUCCUUCGCGACUUAAUGGAGGCCCUUUUCAGCCAUCUCAAACCUCUUCCUGCCUCGCACCAUCCGGCCCACACCACAAUCCGUAUACUCGGAAAACUAGGGGGUAGAAACAGGAGACUAUUAAUGAAGGAACCCUCUCUGACGUAUCGACAUCAUUCCGAGUCCGCGAAAUUUGCACUCUCAUUUUCCGGCAUGAUUGAAAACAUUGAAAUGAGUCCGGUGGUGCUUCUAGCAUCCCGCCAUAUCUCCAAGGCGUCACCGAUCGACCGUGUGCAUGCCUACACCUAUUUAGAAAAUUGUCUCUCGCUCCUCCUUCAUGAGGGCAUCAAAGGGCGCAAUGUAGAAGAGACGUUUGUGUGUGCUCUAGAAGGGGCCUUUGAUGCUAUUCACCUUCCUGAAGUUGAGAGUCAAGCAGAGACUUUCAUCAAAAGGCUAGGGAAGGCAAUAUUCGACCAAGAGAUUCGACGAGCACAAAUUCGCGAGGCUGGAGUACGACCCACACCCAGCAUCCUUCUUUCCUCCUAUCUUGAUGCCCUGCCGCACGCGCUUGCUCGCGAUAACCCUGACCAAGCGCUGAAAGCACAAGGGGUUGUCUCAGCCAUAGUACAAGAUCUAGUCGCCCUCAAUGGCAAACUCGUGGCUGUUCACCAAGAAGUCAUGGUCAUUUUGCACCAAAUCGCUAAUCGCUUCACCGCCCUUUGUCUCGAUGAUUCCUGGACUCGAAAGAGUGCGGGCUGCAGUGGAAUCAGGAUAAUGACCAACACACCUGAAUUAGGCGCCAAAUGGAUCAUAGAUCGCGAGGUAGACCUAUUCCGCACCUUGCUGCAUAUUCUCAAGGACCUUCCUCCGGAUUUACCACGUAAUGUCGAAGAGGUUGUGGAAGUUCUGACGGUGGUCCUCCGCAUCAGCACCAAUCAUCUCGAUUUAAAUGGAGAAAAUGCUACUCAAGCACGCACAAAGUUGGUUCACACAGUUGGCAUAUUUUUCCCCGAGCUUCAGAGUCCGAAUCCCUUAGUCCGGGAUGCUGCACAGAAAUGCAUCGGUCUUCUGGUCGAUCUCACAGGUAGACCGGCUGUCGAGCUUCUGAUGCCCCACAGGGACCGUAUGCUAAUCGGCAUCUACACAAAACCUCUGAGGGCAUUACCCUUCUCCAAGCAAAUUGGCAUGAUUGAGGCUAUUCGGUAUUGCGUCAGUCUGGAGCCGCCUUUGGUGGAACUGAACGAUGAGCUCUUGCGCUUGCUUCAUGAAACUUUGGCUUUGGCAGAUGCGGAUGACGGCCAACUCCUGGGUCCUCGAAAUCUUCGUCAAGGUGGAUUGGAGGUUACCAAGCUGCGAGUCGCAUGCAUCAAGUUGUUGACUGCUUCAAUGCCACUGACAGACUUCUUUUCGCGUCAACACCAAACACGCCAAAGAGUGACGAGUGUCUAUUUCAAAUCUCUCUAUUCGCAAUCUCCGGAGAUCAAGGACGUGGCACAUGAAGGGCUUCGUAUGGUUCUCACACACCAAAGCCGGCUUCCAAAAGAGUUGCUUCAAACUGGUCUUCGACCGAUCCUGAUGAACCUGGCGGACCCAAAACGGCUGUCUGUUCCCGGUCUCGAGGGUUUGGCUCGUUUACUCGAGUUAUUGACCAAUUACUUCAAAGUCGAAAUUGGUCACAAGCUACUUGAUCAUUUUCGCAUAGUCGCAGACCCUCAGUUACUUCAAGAAUCGUCCAAGUUAUCUUUGUCGGACAACGAGGGCAUCACGAAACUCGUUCGUCUGGCAAAUAUCUUCCACCUGCUUCCGGCAGCCGCCAACAUUUUCCUCGAACCUCUCGUCAACGCGAUUGUGCAGACAGAAGCUCAGAUGCAUUUCUCGACCAAAAGUCCGUUCUCUGAGCCAUUGGCGCGGUACUUGGAUCGCUACCCUGGGGAGGGCGUCGAUUUUUUCCUACGGCAUCUUUCGUAUACACGCCAACUGCGGACGCUUCGAAGUAUCUUGCAAGCAAGUUUAGCCCCAAAUCUUCUCCGGGAAUUGGCCUCCAGAACCCCCUUUUUGGUCAAUCGCCUACGGUCGGGAAACGAAAGAAACGUUGUUAUUGCGGUUCUCAGUCUGUUCGUUGACCUCACCAAUUUGCUUCCAAAUUGGAUUGCGCAGAAUGGUUACGCUGUUGAUGCUGUGGUCGAACUGUGGCAAACCAGUCUCCCUGCGCCAGAGUCUCUUGCCGCUGUCAUGAACGAAGUGGUUCACAAAUAUUCGUUCUUGAUAGUGAUAUUCACGCAAGCACUGAAGCAAUCACCGCGAAUAGACUUGCUCUUCGAAAUCACUUCGGUCUACACCUUCAGCCUCGGGAUAGAUGUCAUUGGAGUAAGCAAAUUUCUAUACGAACAUGUCGCCCUCAGCGAGGAUCCAAUCUUCAGGCGCAACGUCCUCAUGCGUUUCUUGACAUGGUUCUCCAAUCCUGCAUAUACGGAAACACAGAAGGCAUAUUUUAUUCGAUACAUCGUCACACCCGUUCUAUUCAUCCAACCUAAACGUUCCAAACAAUCGGAGACACUCAUCGAUUCAGAUUUCGUCAACCAGAUUCAUCGGGUUAUCUGGCAACCUAUGAGCGAUACCACCCUGUUCAAUGACGCUGAUGACAUGUUCAAGAUUGAAGUCCUCCAUCUGACAACCAUUUUAGUGCAAUAUUAUCCCGAUCUUCUCGACGACGCCCGAAAGGACAUUAUGAAAUAUGCUUGGUCUUAUAUCACCUCCAACGAGGAUGUCAUCGUGAAGCAAACAGCGUAUCUACUGGCAGCCCGAUUCUUCGCUGCAUUCCCCACCCCUCAGAAAUUCAUUCUCCGCGCUUGGACUGGACUGCUCCGUACACCACAUUCAGAGGGACGCGCUUCUCUUCGACAAGAAGCCCUUGUCACUCUUGCUCCGUCUCUCCCGAAAUCAGAAAGUUCAGAACCCGGACACCCUCUCUGGGCUAGGACAACUCGAAGGCUACUGACAGAAGAAGGGAUCAGCUCGAUGAUCACGAUAUAUCAUCUGAUCGUGAAGCAAGCAGAGUUGUUUUUCUCUGUCCGUUCUCUGUUUGUCCCCCAUAUCGCCAAUUCGUUGAACAAACUGGGCAUGACGCCAUCUACCAGCCUAGAGUCUCGACUUCUCUCAAUCGAUAUUUUGCAAGUCAUAUUUAAUUGGGAAGAACAAGCAACUCAAGCUGUCAAGCUAGGACAUGCAACGCACGAACAAGACGGCGACGAUUCAUCCUGGUUCACGCCUCUCAGCCUUCGAGAAAAUAUGGUCAGCUACCUAGUGCGGCUCACCACCGGCACGCAUGAUCAGGCCUCGCGGACUACUCUUCUACCAAGGGCACUUUCCCUUCUCCAGAGCAUCAUCGGGCCUAAUGGGUGGACGGAUGUGACAGUCGGCUUGCGCUUCUUCUCAAGAGCGCUGGAACAAAAUGAUGUCCCAACUGAUAACCCCAGUCUUCUUGCGCAGGCUGUAUCAGCGGCCAAAGUGCUUCAAGUCAUUGCAGCCGAACAGCCAGACUCUUGGUAUCUUUCGCAAGCGGCCAUGCUGCAGAAACUCAUUCGCAAAGGCCUGUUAGCCGAGGAUCACAAUCUACACGAAGCAUUGCAGCCUAUUUUUGACCAGCUUAUCCGCCUUCAUCCAUUACCAAAAGAGGACGAGGAACAGCACAGCGAAAUGUCAGACUUCCAUACCUUCGUCUACUCGUCAGUCGGAGAAGGGCUACGAAAUUCAACUUCUCUUCCUGGCAUCUUAGGGAUGCUCAAAUCCAUCGUACGCUUCACGCCAGAACGAAUCGAACCUUUCAGCCAGCCCUUGAUGAAACUUCUCAGCAAAUUUACGAAAGAACAUAUUCAUUCCUCCCCCACCACUCCUGGUUAUGAAGCCAACGUCCGCCUGGUAACAACCAUUCUGGACAUCUGCCAAAUGUCCGUCGCAUUCCUUGGAGAACAACGAAGGUGGUUACUGAGCACACUCUGUGUUUUUGUUGAUAAAUCCAAAAGCAUGACGCUCUGUCGCUAUAUCUUGGAUUUGGCAAGGACUUGGGCACUACAUCGGCAGGAAGCAUAUCCCACCAUGAAAGAGAAGGCAACUCUCUUGCAGAAGAUGACGCUGUAUGAAACCCGGGGAGAAUCCAUAUUUGCCCCGUAUCUGGAGCUCAUCUACGAGAUCUACAACGAACCCACGUUGCGGCGCAGUGAUCUGACCAACCGAUUAGAGCAAUCAUUCCUGCUAGGGUGUCGGGCCAAAGAUUCAAGCCUCCGAGAGAAGUUCAUGGAUCUGCUGGACAUCAGUGUUCCACGGUCCUUAUUUGGUCGCCUGACUUACAUCCUAGGGGUUCAAAGUUGGGAUGCUCUAUCCGACCAUAACUGGGUGUACCUAGCCCUCCAUCUUGUUUUAGGUGCAGCUGAUGUGGAUCUUCCAACAAGCCAUGAUCGCAGACAGGCAUCUAGUAAUCCGUCGACUAUACAGCUCCCCCGUUCACAACAGCUAAUCCGACCAAUUCAGCGUCUGUUAUUCCUCGACCCGCAAGCAGCCCAUGAUACCUGGGUUUCAAUCUUUCCCGCAGCGUGGUCCUGCUUAACAAGGAGGGAGCAAUCCGAAAUCACAAACUAUAUGGUCAUUUUGUUGAGCAAAGACUAUCACACCAAGCAGGCAUUCAUGCGUCCAAAUGUUGUCCAGACCCUCCUAGCAGGCAUCCACACCUGCUCACCACCGAUGAUUUUACCGCCUCAUCUUGUCAAGUAUCUUGCCAAAACUUUCGGGGCAUGGCAUAUCGGACUUGAAAUUCUGGAGAAUUCGCUCGAGCAUACGAAGGACGAUGAAAUCACGGUUUGCGAUCAUAUCUACGACUCUUUGGCGGAUGUCUACGCUGAACUCGGCGAAGAAGAUAUGUUCUACGGUCUUUGGCGCCGACGUUCCAUUCGAGCAGAAACAAAUAUAGGCCUUGCAUUCGAACAGGCAGGCAUGUGGGAGCAAGCAUCCCAGACGUACGAGGCAGCUCAGAACCGCGUAAGAAGCGGAGCAAUCCCGUUCUCGGAGACUGAAUUCUGUUUGUGGGAGGACCAUUGGAUUUUAUCUGCCGAGAAGUUGCAACACUGGGACAUUCUAUAUGAAUUUGCAAAGAGCGAGGGGAACCAGGAGUUGAUGCUUGAAUGUGCUUGGAGGAUCAAAGACUGGAACGAGAACAGAGAGAGUUUAGAAGAGCAGAUCAACCAACUCCCUGAGAUCCCAACACCCCGUCGCAGAGUCUUCGAAGCCUACAUUGCACUACUAAAACUACCAGCAGCUUUGGACAAGAAUAUUGACUUCACAAAGUAUUUGGAAGAUGCCAUGCAGUUAUCGCUUCGCAAGUGGGUCGGACUUCCCCAGCACCUUUCUGUGGCACAUAUACCUUUGCUCCAACACUUCCAGCAAUUUGUGGAACUCCAGGAAGCCGUUCAAAUUUUUGGGUCGCUGUCACAGACCACUGCCACAAACCUGGAGAAGAAAUCGUCGGAACUUAAAAUGGUCUUACAAGCCUGGCGUGAGCGACUUCCCAACAUCUACGACGACAUAAACAUCUGGAGUGAUCUUGUGGCGUGGAGGCAGAAUGUUUUUCAUUCUAUAAAUAACGCCUAUAUGCCUCUAAUUGCAAACUCUGGCCAUGGCGGUACCAAUAAUGCCAAUACGUUCGGCUACCGAGGCUACCACGAAACUGCUUGGAUCAUUAACCGGUUCGCACAUGUGGCUCGAAAGCAUGAGCUUCUUGAAGUUUGCUUCAAUGCCUUGACCAAAAUCUAUACACUUCCCAACAUUGAAAUUUCCGAGGCAUUCCUAAAGCUACGGGAACAAGCACGUGCUCAUUACCAGAAGCCAAACGAUCUUCAGGCAGGAUUAGAAGUCAUCAACAACACAAACCUGAUGUUCUUCUCGACAACUCAGAAGGCCGAAUUCUACACGCUCAAGGGAAUGUUUUACUCUCGACUCGGCCGUAACGAAGAUGCCACCCUAUCAUUCGGACAGGCUGUGCAGCUUGAUAUGACGCAGGCCAAGGCUUGGGCGGAAUGGGGCCGUUUCAGCGACCGGGUUUUCAAAGAGUCUCCCAACGACUUGAGCCAGGCCGCAAACGCCGUGAGUUGCUAUUUGCAGGCUGCCGGACUGUAUAAGAGUGGCAAAAGUCGACCACUUCUUGCCCGCAUUCUCUGGCUGCUGAGCUUGGACGACGGUGCUUCAACGAUAUCGCGUGCCUUCGAUACCUACAAGGGAGAUGCAGCCUUUUGGUUCUGGAUUACCUUCAUUCCACAGCUGUGUCUGUCAUUAUCACAUCGCGAAUGGAAGCAGGCGCGAUAUCUCCUCUUAAACCUAGCCAGACAUUACCCCCAGGCUAUAUUUUAUCACCUUCGAACCACUCGUGAAGAAAUGCAAUUUAUGAAGAAGGCCAUGGCCGCACGAGUGGCUGCUGCAGCAUCCUCUGACGCAAUGCGACGCCCCGCCGGUGACCAGCAGCUAAAUGAAGCAACAGCUAUGGAUAUGUCGACCUCUACCACGCAAUCAACAACGCCGGCCGAUAAUGCAUCUUCAUCUGCGCCGAAAGCGACACCCACUGUUGCGAUGCCAGACCAAACACCGCCUCAUCCUCGCCAUGCGUCGGAACAUGUCGACGAAGUUUUGCAGUUGUUGAAAACCACCUUCCCGCUCCUGAUUCUCAGCUUGGAGACUAUGGUUGAUCAGAUCCAACAUAAGUUCAAACCCUCGCCUGAGGAAGACGUAUAUCGCAAUAUCUGCAUGUUGCUCUCCGAUGCUGUGCAGAAUUAUGUCGUCCGGAUAAAUUCUAUCGACGAUGACGGCUUACUGACCCCCAGCACAAUUAAUACCCUUUCCCGUAUGGCUCAAAACUUGCCAGCAUUUGUCAGGAAAGAAUACGACGAGGAUUUCAUAAUGAAUAGGCCGACACACUAUGAUUAUAUCCAACGCCUUCAACGAUGGCGACAUAAAUUUGAGUCGAUUCUGGAUGCUCGGCCUCGGCUUCAACCAUUGGCCGUCCUCAGUCAUUAUUUGACGGAAUUCCAAUACAGCAAAAUAGACGAGAUCGAAAUUCCAGGUCAAUACACUGAGGACAAAGAUUCCAAUCAAUACUUCGUCAGGAUUCAGAAAUUCGCCCCUAAGUUCGAGAAUUGCCGAUCCAACGGAUCUUGCUGGAAACGAUUCACUCUUCAUGGAAACGACAACUCCAAGACAUCUUUUACCGUUCAGCUACCAUGUCAUCGGCAGUAUCGGCGGGAAGAUCGGGUGAUCCAAGUUUUCAGGACUUUGAAUGGGUACUUCUUCCUUCUAUUUCUUACGAUCUUUCUCACGCCUCGCCUUGUUAGCGCUCUUGGGAGGAACAAGGAAAGUCGAAAACGAAACCUUACGUUCCAUCUUCCGGCCGCUGUAUCCUGCAGCCCGAACGUCCGCCUCUAUCAAACUGAUUCCUCCUACGUAUCAUUUGGCGAUGUCUAUGACCUACACUGUGAAGAGACGCAAAUCUCUAGAGAAGAACCAAUCUUAUUUGUUGGGGAGAAAGUUCGAAAGGUUUUGCGGGAGUACCGCCAACAACUUUCGAAAAAGCAGCCAACCAAAGUGGAUUAUCUUACUCUCAAGAAAGAUUCGUUUGAUGAAAUCGCCGCAAAGAUGAUUCCGGAUAAUAUCCUUUCCAAUUACAUGAUUCGUACCAUGGGAGCACCAGACGAAUUAUGGAGAAUGCGAAAACAAUUUUCUCUGCAAUUGGCAUCGUGCUGCUUCAUGACCUAUGUCUUCGCAUUGUCGAGCAGGCACCCUGCUCGUUUCCAGGUAUCGCGAGCGACUGGCUUGAUAGCUAUGACAGAACUAUUGCCAGGCAUUUCGAAUACCAUGCCCUUGUUCGCCACCAGCGAUAUCGUUCCCUUCCGAUUGACUCCUAACAUGCAGAGCGUCCUGGGCCCAAUAUUCACGGAGGGAAUCCUAGCAUCUGGUAUCAUGGCUAUUGCACGGUCCUUGACGGAACCUGAGUUUGACCUCGAACAACAGCUUUGUCUACUCGGGCGGGAUGAAGUGACUUCUUGGCUGAGUAUGCGUGGUCGCCCUUGGAAUUUCGAUGCAAUCUACCGCCAAAGUGUCUAUGCACACAUCGACAGCAUUGUCAAACGAGCAGAGAUCAUGGCCUGUAAGAUUGAGAGAGAAAGUGCAUUGGCAAAUAACUCAGCAACAGCGACCAUUCCCAAUGCUCCAGUAGUUCAAACGGUCAUAGGUUUGAUCUCCACUGCUACGAAUCCAGUUCAACUGGCGAAGAUGGGAGAGCUGUAUCAACCUUGGUUCUGA